AAGUAAAAAAGUGUCGCUAAACGAAGUUAAACAGCUUGGUUGGGAAAUUUCUUGUCGAUCCUCCUUCAAUCUCGGCUCUCCGCUUCUGGGCUAACUGGAUUUGGGAUAAGGAAGGUGAAGUGAAGGUCUCUAUGCUGGAAGAUAGACUGGUGCUCUUUCAAUUUCCAUUGGAAUCGACUUGUCCCUGGGUGUUCGAGAGAGGGCCAUGGCAAUACAAGGAGAAAAUUAUAUGUCUGAGGUGUUGGGUUCCGGGAAUCAGAGUGCUGUAGAUAAACAAUUCGGCCAUUCCAGUGUGGGUCAACUUAACAGGUAUUCCUGCUGAGCUAGCUUUACGAGAGGGGCUAGGGAGAAUCGCGAGUUCAAUUGGUAAACCUAUGUGUAUGGAUCAUUCGGUGUCCCAGAGGAAGAAGAUAGGAGCAGUAAAGGUAUGUGUUGAGGUUAAUGCCAAGAAGCCUUUGGUAACCAAGAUCAGUAUUACCCCUAAUGAUAUGGAGGAGAUGUAUAUUGGGGUUGAAUAUUGUGGCUUACCCCACUGUUGCGCGACCUGUGGUGUCUUUGGUCACGAUUGUUCGAUGCCUCCUACGGGAGUUCCAACUAAGAGAGUUUGGAGACUAAAGAAACUCCAGAUUGCUCCAUUACAAGAGGUGAUUAGUCUUGAGAAAGAUGUGGUUUCUGUUCAGACAGCUAGCGGGGGUGGGGGGGGUGGGGGAGUGUCUGAGAAGGGUAAAGAAGUAGUUGUUGAUUCCACACCUCCAGUCACUCCAAGUGCGCUUCCUUCACAGGAGGAGUUUAACAAAGUCAUUAAUGGUGCUAAAUCGAAGUCUGUUCCCAGGAAAUCUGCAACUAUUUUGCACUCUAAUGCGUUUGAUCUGCUUUAUGGAAGGGACAUCAAAUUGCAGGCUCCUCAGAAGAAACAAGGUGGGCGCGAGGGGCUUAGAAGUAAGGGAGCCACUAAGGUGGCUACUCCUCAUAGAUGACUACUCUCAUAUGGAUUGGGUGGAGUGAUGAUAUGAAGGUGCAAGUGCUGAAAGAGGAUGAGAAUUUUAUUCACUGUUUAGUGGCAGGACAGAAGGGAACUCAAUUCUUCUUUACUGCUGUUUAUGGUUCGAAUGAUGAAAAGGAUAGGUUACUGACUUAAAGAGCUAUGGUCCAGUGGAAGGUGAAAGGGUUUCCCUAGAUGAUUGGAGGGGACUUCAAUGCUAUUCUAUGUCCUGCUGAAGCAUCAAACUCGGUUCAUUGCUAGAAAGCUUGACAGACUGAUGGUGAAUGUGGACUAGUUUGAACAUUUCUCUGACUGUGUAGUGGAGUUUAUUCCUCCUAAUUUCUCUGACCACUGUGGGAUUCUAAUUCAUCCCCAUGUCCCAACCAAGAGCUUACCCAAACCUUUUCGGUUUUAUGACAUGUGGAUGGAGCAUCCCUCCUUUCCUGAUAUUCUAAAUAAAUGUUGGCAAGGCUC